AUGUUGGUUAUGUCACAUGAAAUUAUUACGGCGCAUCCGGCGGCUGAUUCAGAUUCAGCCUCAUGGAUUUAAUAAUAAAUAUUCCACAAAAUUAAACGACCAACGGAUACAAAUACAAUUUAGAUCUGCGUCCUGCCACGUGGAUAAAUGCAUAGCUGUAGCUUUUACUAGGUUACAGUAGACCUUAGAGCACGUGAAGUGCUCGUGUUUGACUGAUCAAAUUUUUAUAAACAAUAAACGAAUAUGCAAGACAGCACGCGUGUAUUGCCGCGAGUUUUUACUGCGAUACAAAACGUAGACAUACCAGUUCUGGCCCUGUGCCCUCACAAAGACAUCCGACCGAUUUUACCAUGUUUGGUUCGCAUGAGUCUCAUAUCUCCUUUGGAUGUUACUAAAGAAUGCGUGGAGCAACGGAAACAAGUUCUGACAAUAUUGUCUGGGAUCGAGUCAGUAAACUCAAUAAUUGCCCUGCUUUCUAUCGAUUUCCAUGCACUGGAGACGGACGUUCGAAAGGAGCAACAGCUCAGGCAAAAAAUGGGAAGUCUGCAGAGAGACAGUGUACUGGCUCAAUCAUUACAGAGUGGCCUUGCCUUAGAAUUUGAACGAAGCGAAUCUACCAGAAGAAUCAGAUUAGUAUUGAGUGAGCUACUGUACAUAGCAUCUCAGAUACAGGAACAACAGAAGAACCAGGAAUUUCAGAUCAAGCAAUCCGAUUUGUUUGAUAACGCUGUAUAUAUGGAAGAAAUCAGUUAUGUGAUCUGCGUUGCUUUAUCAGAAUUGCCAACGGUAUUGUCGAUAUUAGAUAUAGCAGAGACAUUGUUACAUGUUAAAUACGGACCAGAGAUAAUUUGUUGGAUAGUUGCCAAUAUACCAGACAGUUUUUCCGAGGUCUGCACGCAUUUAAUUGCCAAUGGAGAAAGGCAGGAGGAAUCUGCGUUAGGCAGAAUCAGGACGAUGGCAUUGACAAUGCUCUGUCAAAUGAAUCCCAGUCAAACGCUAGCUGUAAGAGCGAAAUGCGUCGAACUGUGCAGAAUGCCUGCUUUGGCAAUUACGCUAAGCCUCGAGCACGAAAAUAUAAACAGCACUUUGGAAAGCGAUGUAGUUGCUUUCGUAUCGGGACUGUUACUCGGCAGCGAUCAACAGGUGAGAACCUGGAUCGCGAUGUUCAUCAGGAACGGUCAGAAACGAAAAUGGGAAUCGCACACAGCGUUGCAAUCUUUAAGAGAAGAAUUACUUAAGCGAUUACAAGCGAUCACUUCGCAAAAUGCGGGCCAGUUACCAGAGAGUCAAGUCGUUCAAGCCAGCGCUUUGUUGCGCCUGUAUUGCGCGUUGAGAGGCAUCGGGGGUAUUAAAUUUCAAGACGACGAGGUGACCAUGAUAGUACAAUUGUUAACGUCGCACCCACCCCCGUCACCAGCUGGUGUCAGAUUCGUUUCAUUGGGUCUAUGCAUGCUGAUAGCGUGUUCCUCAUUGAUAGGCCAUCAUAAUCUUGAAAAGCGAAGCAUAGAAUGGGUGCAGUGGCUCGUACGCGAGGAGGCCUAUUUCGAGAGUGCCAGCGGCGUCACAGCGAGCUUCGGAGAAAUGUUACUUCUAAUGGCCAUUCAUUUUCAUAGUAAUCAGUUGUCGGCUAUCUGCGAGCUCGUCUGCGCGACUUUGGGUAUGAAGAUACCGAUCAGGCCGAAUAAUUUGACGAGAAUGAAGCAGAUCUUCAUGCAGGAGAUAUUCACGGAACAAGUGGUCACGUCUCAUGCUGUGAAGGUGCCGGUGACCGCUAAUUUAAAUGCGAACAUCCCCGGAUUUCUGCCUGUACAUUGUAUUCAUCAAUUGUUAAAGUCGAGAGCGUUCGCCAAGCAUAGGGUGCCUAUUAAAAAUUGGAUCUACAAGCAGAUUUGCAACAGUGAGCCGCCGUUGCAUCCUGUUCUCCCUGCUUUAGUCGAAGUAUACGUGAACUCAAUUCUGGUAACGAACAAUAAAACGUCGGAGCAUACGAAUAAACCGAUCACCGAAGACGAGAUCCGCAGAGUCUUUCAAAACAGUGUGUUUGGAGCGAAUUUCGAUUUCAAGACGAAGAUCAACGUUUCUCAGACCGAAACAGAGAAUAUAGAUAUCGAUAUUCCAAAGCCGACUCUCACGUCGCAGUUAUUGUUACUGUACUACUUGUUGCUGUACGAGGACGUAAGACUGUCCAACAUGCACACUUUCAUAUCACAAGAUAGAAAAGUGAAAUCGUACUCGACUGAAUUCUUAUCCGAACUACCUAUAAAGCAUCUGCUUCAGUUGGUCCAAAGGGAUCAAAUGAAUUAUGCCGGAUUAUUCUCUCCUCUAUUGAGGCUUUUGGCGACGCAUUUCCCUCAUCUUUCGUUGGUGGACGAUUGGCUCGAUAACGAGGUGAUCAAUAUCGAUUCCACCGUAACGAACUAUGAACACGUAAAAAUAACCGAUAUCAUGAUCAUUGAAACGUUUUCGCAUAUUCAAACGUGCCCUUCGAGAACGGGGAGGCUCUUGAGACAGUUAAUGUCGUUGAAACCAAUCGAGAUCUGGCCACACGCUGAAGUUUUAAUUCAUUACUUUAAAGCAGUUCUGAAUCCAAGAGUUCCGAGAUACAUUCAAGAAUUGUAUAAACAAGUUUGGCUCAGGCUAAACACUGUUUUACCGAGAUGUCUCUGGGUUUUAUCGAUCAACGCCUUGUUAAUUGAAAAUUCUCUUGUGAAAAACGUUUUUCUAACGCAAGAGAACAUUGUAUUGGAUCCAUUACAAGUAUUGAGAUGCGAUACAAGAGUUUUCAGAUGCGCGCCGAUAUUGUCUGUUAUUUUAAGAAUUCUGCAAGCUGCACUGGCAGCAUCUAGAUCUCAGUUAUCCAGACACAUACAGGACAAACCGUUAACGGAGAAGGUUGGUCAGUUGACGAGUGAAACGGAAAGGGAAGAUUUGAGAAUGGCGUUAGUCGCUGGUCAGGAAAGUGCAGCGGUUCAAAUAUUGUUAGAAGCGUGUUUGGAAACGGAAGAAGACAGAGAGACGGCUGGACAGAUGUGGUCGCUCAAAGAAAUACAGAGUAUCAUUUGUUCUUAUCUGCAUCAAGUAUUCAUAGCAGACCCAUCGCUGGCCAAACUAGUCCAUUUUCAAGGCUACCCGAGGGAAUUAUUACCGAUCACCGUUACUGGCAUCCCGUCGAUGCACAUUUGUCUCGAUUGGAUUCCUGAACUAUUGUCGCAGCCAGAACCGGAGAAACAGAUAUUCGCCGUUGAUUUGGCCUCGUAUCUCGCGAUUCAAUACGCUUUGCCGAAAGCCUUGAGCGUUUCUCGUCUAGCCAUCAAUACGCUGAUAACGCUGUUGGGAGUACUGUCAGCUAAGAAUCGAGUCAUCCUCUUUCUACCUGUUCUGCCAGCGUUAACGAGAAUAUGUUUAGCUUUCCCACCACUGGCAGAAGACACCAUAGGUUUAUUAUUACAACUUGGCAGAGUUAAUUCUGCGCAAGCUGCGCUGGGCGACAAAUCCGCCGACAUUCUACGUCACGAAGUUAACGAAACGUUUUCUGCGUUACUGCAGAAGGCGAUAUUGCAAUCGAAUGUAUAUUGAAAUUUUUGUAAGCUGAUUACCAGAAUACCUCAUUAAACGUACGAAUGUCGGACGUUCCUAAUUGGACGACUAUGAAAUGUAAAUACGAUACCUGAUAUAUUGUAUAUAAAAUCUAUUUCUUUAGUAGUUUUUAACGUAUCACGAUUGUCUAUACUUGUACAUUAUGUUUUUGCUAAAUAAAUGGAGCGUCGUAGCUCUGA